GAUCAGUAUCACAGUAUUUACAACAUGAGACCCAGGAGGACAAGCUGAAGAGGGAGGCAUCAGCUGGUGAGCUUGAGUUGAAGAUGGAAAAAGAAUUAAAAGAGAUUUUAAGACAGGAGAUGAUGAAACAACUAGAGGAGAAAGACACCCAACUGGAUGAUAUGACCCAGGAAGUGAGAGAGAAAGAGAGACUCCUGGAGGAGAAGAACCAGAUAAUGGGACAGAGGGAGAAACUAUUAGAAGAGAAAGAAAACCAACUGGAAGAGAAAGACAAGCAACUAAAGGACAGAGACAUUCAACUAGAGAUACUGAGAAAGAACCUGCAGGACAAGAACAGCCAAGUAGAGAACUUCAGAGUCCUACUGCAGGACAAAGACCUUCAACUAGAGGACAGCAACCACAGACUGGGAGAGAAGGACAGACUACUGGAAGAGAGAGACAAACAGCUGGAAGAGAGACAAAUACUGGAAGAGAGAGACAAAUACUGAAAGAAGGACAGACUACUGGAAGAGAGAGACAAACUACUGGGAGAGAAGGACAGACUACUGGAAGAGAGAGACAAACAGCUGGAAGAGAGAGACAAACAGCUGGAAGAGAGAGACAAAGUAGUUGAGGGAAAAGAAAAGGAACUAAAAGAGAGGAGGCAGGAAGUAGAAGAGAAAGAUAACCUACUAGAGGAGAGAGAGAAGCAGUUAAAGGAAAGAGACAAACAGGUGGAGGAUGUCAACAAUGAAAAUGCUGAACUGGCUCAACAGAUAUGUGAUGUGAAGACUGAGGUAGAGAGACUGAGAAGAGAGAUCUCAGCCCAGAUGACUGAACAUGGAGAGACGUCAGAUACAGGUUCCAUACUCCCAGUCAGGAGGAGACGCAGCAAGGAGCUUCCUCCAUACAUGGGAGGAGAGACCUCAGAUACAGACCCCACACUUCCACUGAGGAGGACAAACAGCAUGGAGUUUAAUCCUCCACAUAUGGGAGGAGAGAGCAGCAGUCCAGACUCCCCAGUGUCUCCCAGUGUGUCUGAGCUGAGACUGGUGCUGCUGGGGAGGACUGGGGCUGGGAGGAGUGCAGCAGGAAACACCAUCCUGGGCAGAGAGGAGUUUGGGGCCCAGGCCAGCCCCUCUGCAGUGACCCAGAGGAGUAAGAGGAGAGAGGGGGACGUGUGUGGGAGACGGCUGGUGCUGGUGGACACUCCAGACUGGUUCUGUCCUGGACUCUCUCUGGAGGAGAUGAGACAGGAUGUGGGGCUCUGUGUCCGUCUGUCUGCCCCGGGACCCCACGCCUUCCUCCUGGUCAUACCAGUGGAGCCCUCUAAGGGGGAGGAGAGAGGGGUGCUGGAGAGAAUAGAGGAGAUGUUUGGGGAGGGUUGUUGGGAACACACUGUGAUUCUAUUCACCCAUGAUGAUGGCCUGAAAGAGCAGAGCAUUGAGGAGUUUCUCCAAGCAGGAAGUCAGGAACUCCAGCAGCUUGUAGAGAAAAGUGGGAGCAGGUACCACGUCCUCAACAUUAAGGACAGGGCCCAUGGCACUCAGGUAUCAGAGCUGCUGGAGCAGGUAGAGGAGAUGGUGGCAGGAAACAGAGAGAGAUUCUACAGCAGUCAGACCUACCAGGAGGCGGAGGACCAGGUUAGAGAGAUGGAGGGAAAGAUCCAGAGAGAGAGAGGAGAGAGGAAACAGAGGGACGAGAGAGACUUGAGAGAGAGACUUGAGAAGGAGUUGCAGGACUCUCUGAUAAAGAUAGAGGGAGUGAUCCAGGAACAUGAGGGAGAUAUCAGAACACUCAGUGAAAGAACCAGUGAACUGGAGAGACAGGUGAAAGAAGAGAGGGAUGAGGAGAAGAAAAGAGAGCUGGAGAGGGAGCUGAAGAGGGAGUCUGAUAGGAGGGAGGAGAUGGAGAGAAAGCUGGAGAGAUUUAGAGAGAAGAGAGAGAAUGAGAGGAGGGAGAUGGAGGAGAGACACAGACAGGAGAUAGAGGAGAUGAUGGAGAACUAUGAAGGAGAGGCCAGAGUUGAAGCAGAGAGAAACCUGAUGAAGAUAGUCCUACGUGAGUUACAGAGGAACGUGAUGAUCUCACAGACAAAGAUGCAGAGAGAGUUCAGCAGACAGAUGGAGGAGAAGAAUAGACAGAUGAAGGAGAAGGAUAGACAGAUGAAGGAGAAGAAUAGACAUAUGGAGGAGAAGGAUGGAGAAAUGGAGAGACUAAGACAGAACUUGAAAGAGGUCAGGGAAGCUCACUCAGUGUUGCAGAAGAGACUGGAACGAGAGGGGAGAGGUCAGAGGGCACUGAUAGGGAUGUUGGGCUGGGUCAGGAGAAACUCAUCAAGUUGGCUUCUCCACAAUCUGAUAUGAUUCACCAUCACCGUCUAUGUGUAGAACCAGACCAGGUCUACUGUCCACUGUACCGUGGUGAGUGACCAUGGGUCAUGGUGGUCAUGGGGGAAACAGGUCAGAAUAAUGUCUGGUCCAGUCUACAGUGUCUAGAGAAGGAGGGGAGGGAGGUCUGUAAAGAUCUUGAUGAGACAGAAUUCCAAACCAACGUAGAUUAUUGACCUUUGCACUGCAGCCUUUUAGAAUGGAGAGGGUUGUGGAGGGUCAGGAGGUCAGCGGGCGGAGUCAGAUCCUGAGAACUCUAAAGAUCUGAGUGAGACUUUUACUCGGUGUUUGAGGAGGUCUACUAAUGACCAGAGAGAACCAUACUGUAUUUACCACACACUACUUCCUGUUCUUAAUCAAUCAUAUUGUUUCAUGUUGAAACUUUAAAUAUACACUGAGUGCACAAAACAUUAAGAACACCUUCCUAAUAUUGAGUUACAAUCUAUCCCAAUGGAACUCUGAUACCACAUGAGACUGAUAUUGUUGAAAUAAAGAAAUGUAACUUUGUAAGCCA